GUUGGCCAGUAUAACUUUCUAUUAUUCAAAGGCGUUCAUUUGUGAAUGUUUGGUUGUUCAGUGUUGGUAAAUGACGUCCCAACUGGCUUGAACGUGAAUAUGCAAGAUUGGUACGACUGAGUAAGCGGCAAUACUGUAAUGCAUACAAGAUGACUUCAAAUGUCCGGAAAGUUAGAGACCAUGAUAGCAAUCCAUGCAUUGAGGAAAGCGAUGGUUCUCGGAAGUGUUUAGAUGCCAAUGGCUACAAUAAAGAGAUGUGUACAGCAUAUUUCCAAAGAUACAAAGAAUGCAGAAAGUUCUGGCAUGAAAUAAUGAUAACGCGGAGAAGAGGCGGUGUGAAGCCAGACAUGCCCACAGCAGAUGAGAGGCAGGAAAUCCUGGCAGCCCUUGGAAGGAAACCAUACUGAAGCAGGACACUUUCAGUGUGUUUGAUUUUGCACUACUGACUGAUGUUGUUUAUAUGCAUUGUUUAAGGGACGAAUCAUUGCAAAUGUAUUUGGCUUUUGUUUUUGUUUUGUUUUUUUUAAUAGUGGAUGUCAUUCAGUACUUAUUCAGACCUUCAGGACUCAGGACUGUCUAACGUGCACUCUAGGAGCUGAACUUGUUGGCUUCCCUUUUAAAAGGGGGCCAAUAUUUGUGAUUGGAAGCAGUAAGUAUGAAUGUGCAUGUAUUCUGAUAACUUUAGGUCUACUCACCUGUUGGCUGUAUACAGCCACAGUAUGGACAACAUUUGAAAACUGUCUUUUGAACCAUACGUGUAAACACAUCAUCUUUAUUACAGUAAUCAUUCUUAAUUCAUUUAUCGCAGCUCUGAAAUUACUAGUCGUUUAAAGAGAGAUAAAUACCUGCUUAAUUUCAGACCUGUUUGAACUGAGAACAAUUCUGAUGUAAAUUAAUUUUACUCAUAAGCAGUGACCACAUUUUGACUUCAUGGUCUUUGUGAGGCAGUGGUGAUCAUGUGAAUACACCCAUAUAAACAUUAUGUGUUUGUGUGUGUGUGUGUAUAUAUAUAUAUGCACACCCACAGGUGACAAAUUAAAGGAAAAACUUGAAUAAA